GUCUGUGCAGCGGGAGGGGGGGGGGACAGCUGAGGAGCCCAUGUGACCUUUGAGGAUGACCUCUCCACGUCCCUCUGCUGCUGUGGCGCCAGGCAAAGAGGAAGAUGAGGAUGAAGAGGAGCAGGGGGAGGAGUUUGAAUUUGAUGACAGCGAUGAAAUGGGCAUUCCUGAGAGGAGUGGUGGCUCUCUGAUGCAGAGGGACUGGCCCUCAGACACAGCCAGUAUAGGGCAGGGGGGCCCCAGCACCUCACUGCUCCACUCAGGUGAUAUGGCGGUCAGGGACUCACCAGAGGGUUGCAGAUGUUCUACCUCCUCGGAUGUGGCAGCGACCGCAGAGCCGGAGAGUUUCUGGAAAGCCAACAGUGUUUAUGAAGGAGGAGGGGAUGAGGAGUCCUGCAGCCCUCCGGACGCUGCUGAGGACCAGGGGUUGUCUUCAGCCAAUCCUCACACUGAAUACCACACAGCAGGGGGUCACCCCCCCCACAGUGUGCUCAGACACCCACAGGCCAUCUAUGAUGAUGUGCCUGCUGAACAUCUACAGCACCCAGUGGGAGAUGUUGAUGACAUCUACGAGGACAUCCAGAGACCGGGUCAGUGCGGCAGCUCCAGUGAGUUUGAGAGUUAUGACGAGCUUUCAGACAGCGAGGCGGCUCCGGCCCGCAGCAGCAGCAAGCUGAAAGACACCUGUGCUGCCACCAGGACGGAGGGAUGGGGGCUUCUCAGUACUCCUCAAGCUGCCCGCAUCAGACAGAGCUGUGACACUAAGGUGCAGCAGCUGAUGAAAGCAGCCAGAAAUGGUACCAAGGACGGGUUAGAGAAGACAAAGUUAGCCAUGUUUCGUAAAGUGUCGUUCCUGCAGAGAAAAGAUGCCAUAGGCGAGGGAAAGGAUGAUGCAGGUUACAUAGAGGUGUCUGUGUGUGAGUUAAAGCACCCCCCACCACAGCUGUCCCCCAUGCCAGAAGGACUCAGCAGUCAGCAGGUUGUCAGACGUCUCAUCCUUAGCUCCAUCGUCCAGAGUGAGAGCAGCUACCUGGACUCUCUGAAGAGAAUUCUGCAGGAGUACCAGCAGCCUUUGUUGGAGCCACAGAACCUGGUCCUAAACCCCAAGAAGGUUCGUCAAAUAUUUUACCGUCUGCAGGAGAUCCAUCAGUGCCACUCCAUGUUCCAGAUUGCUCUGGCAUCCCGAGUGGCUGAGUGGGAUCACAGUGAGAAGAUCGGAGACCUGUUCGUGGCCUCGUUUUCCAAGUCCAUGGUGCUGAACGUGUACAGUGAGUACAUCAACAACUUCACCAACGCCAUGGCUCUCAUCAAGAAGGCGUGCAUGUCUAAACCUGCUUUUCUGGACUUCCUGAAGAAGAAGCAGGCCUCCAGUCCAGACAGGAUCACUCUGUACGGCCUGAUGGUGCGACCCAUCCAGCGCUUCCCUCAGUUCAUCCUGCUGCUGCAGGACAUGUUGAAAAACACCCCUCAGUUGCACGCUGACCGGCUGCCGUUGCAGCUGGCCCUCACCGAGCUGGAGACUCUGGCCGAGAAGCUGAAUGAGCAGAAGCGCCUGUCGGAGCAGGAGGCAGAGCUCCAGCAGCUCGCUCACAGUGUGGGCGACCGCACCCUCAACAAGCGGCUGCAGGCGGGGGGCAGGCAGCUGCUGCACUGUGAGCUGCUCACUGAGAGGGUGUACGGGGACAAAGGGCAAGUCCUCAAGUCCAAGGAGAGAAAGCUGUUCCUGCUCAACGACAUGCUGAUCUGCGCCAACCUGAACCUGAAGGGGCCCUCGGACAUCAGCAGCCUGGUUCAUGUUGGUCCUAAAUACACGGUGAAGUGGUGCGCCCCUCUGCUGCACAUUCAGGUGGUGGAGGUGGGACAGGACAGUGUCCUCACAGCAAGACAGCCCAGCUCCGGAACCAUGGGGAAAGUGUUCCUGGGCCCUCCCCGACUGUACCAGGAGCUACAGCAGCUGCAGCACGACCUGGCUGUGGUGGAGGAGGUGUCCCUGCUGGUGGGCACGCUCCAUGGAACCUACCAGAAUCUCAACAGCACGGUGUCUCAGGACUGGAGCCUGGCUCUGCAGAGAUUGCUGCGUCUGAAGGAGGAGGAGAUCCAGAAUGCCAACAGGUGCCGCCUGCGACUGUCUGUCCCCGGGAAACCUGACAGGUGUGGUCGUCGAGUGAGCAUCAUCUUAGUCUUCAACACCCCCAGCCCCCUCAGUAAGAUAUCCUGGGUCAACCGGUUGCACCUUGCCCAGAUAGCUCAGAGACAGGACAACACUCCGGGCUGGGAAUGUGAGGAAGAAGAUGGGAAGACAAAGACUGCAUUUAGCUGUCCCCUGCUGACCUGCAGACUUCCUGUCUUCUCCUCCAGAACACACACUCUGACGGCAGCACUCCACAGUCCGUCUCAGUGCAGCCUGCUUGGCUCCUGCUCCGUCAGCACUGCAUUACCACAGGGUUACCUCUGGGUUGCGGGUGGAGGAGGUGGCUUGGACCAGGUGGAGAUCUUCUCCCUGAACCGUGCGUCUCCUCGCCUGGUUAAGAGCGUCCCGCUGAGGGCCCCGGUUCUCUGUCUAGAGUACGUGAAGGAGCCAUGUCCCCGCCCAGAGGGGGCCCCCACUACAGCCGCCACAGGAAACAUUAUCUGUGUGGGCCUGCAGGACGGCAGCGUCUCGGUGUACAGCAGCGUCGACACAGCGGUGCAGUGCCUGCUGACCCUCUUCACCCCUGACCGCUGUCCUGUCCGCUGCCUCACACACACGCCGGCUCUCCUCUUCGCCGGACUGGCUAAUGGCAGAGUGGCAGUGUACCGCAGGAACAGUGGGGAGAGACUGUGGGACGUGGACUCUUGCCGGCUGCUGUCUCUGGGCUGCCCCCCUGUCUGCGCCCUGCUCACACUGGAAUACACGGUUUGGGCCAGCUGUGCCAACCAGGUUUCUGUGAUCCACGGAACCAGCCUCCACACACAGAGUUUCAGAGCCCACUCUGAUGCAGGCCGUAGUGUCAGCCAUAUGACUCGCUCAGGUGGGGGGGUGUGGAUGGCCUUCACCCAGGGCUCGUCUAUCCACCUGUUUCACACAGAGACCCUGGAACAUCUACAGGAAGUCAACAUCUCCACCCGCAACGCCCAUCUGACAUCAGGUGAAGUGUGUGUCUCUAGCUUGCUGAUCUGCCAGGGCCUGCUAUGGGUGGGGACCAGCCAGGGUGUCAUCCUCACCUUCCCUGUCCCCACCCUGGAGGGCAUCCCUAAGAUCACAGGUAAGGGGAUGAUGUCUCUGAACGCUCACUGUGGUCCGGUGGACUUCCUGGUGGCUACGUCCAGCACUCUGGCCUCCGACUUGCUCAGGCGGAACUCCAUCCUCAACGGUUGCGAGGAGGGUGUCAACGGAGAAGGGGGGGGAGAUAGAGGGGACGAGGGAGGAGAUGAAGGAAGACAAAGGUUGCAGCAGAGCAGCUCCUCCCAGAACUCAGAAGCUCCGUCACCCAGGGAGGAGAAGCCGCGCCUCCUGCUGCAGUACCGGCUCCACUCCACCUGCCAGCUGCCUGGGAGGCUGCUGACAGCACAGCCCGACCGGGGGAACCACUGCCCCCCCCCAGACUCCCCAGAGCACAGUCCAGAGGAUGGCUCUAUCUAUGAAGUGAGUGAGGAUCCUGAUGUGUGGGUGAGGGGGCGGCCCAUGGAGCGGGGAAAGGAGGGAGAGGCCAGGCGCAGCAAAGUCACCUCAACAGCCGUCUUCUCCGGCGGCAGAGGGGCCCGCAGGAUGGGACCGGGGGCCCCCCCCUGUUCAGACACUGAGAACACUCUGCUGCUGUGGCAGCUCCCGCUCACUCUCGGCCAAUGACAGAGCAGAGUCACUAGCUGCACCUUUACCAGCUUUGAGAACAAUUUAAUGAUCAAUAAUUAUAAAACCAGAGAUAUUAUUCUGAAAUGGACCAAUCAAACAAUGACUACUUUUACUGUCGCUACUUUAAGUACAAGAUCUGAGUACUUCUACUUUUACUCAAGUACAAGGCCUGGGUACUUCUACUUUUACUCAAGUACAAGAUCUGAGUACUUCUAAACCCUCUGGCGUGCAGCUUCCUGAGGUCUUUGAUGAUUUUAGUUGGCUCUGACAGCCGAUUAGGAACACAAAGCACAAUCCCUGAACUAAGGCAGGAGAAUGGAAAAGUAAUAAGGAAGUGAAGUACAGCGGAUGGACAAUAACAAAGUGUUUGUCAGAUAUUGUUAAAUUUCAUUUUUGCUGAAAACGUGUGUUUUUAUUUAUUUUGGAAAAUGAGGAUAAGAAAGCAACCGGUUACAAUUAUAAUCGUAAUAUUAUUAUUACUGUGAUAAUCUUUAGAAAGGCUGUCAGGUCACGUGGACUCUGGGAGGUUUCCUUUAUUUUGGGACAGUUUUGGAAGUCUGGAGCCUCAAAACCUCAAACUGCACUUAAAGCCACAUGAGUUCAGUGUUUACAUCUAAUGUUGUUAUUUGCAAUUUAAGCAAAACACAUGUUGAUUUUUCUAGAAAGGAAACCAAAUUAGUUUGUCGGCCUAUUGCUUCUAUUAGAGCACAUUAUUUUGUAUUACAUAACUCAGUUCAUUAAGGGGAUUAUCAGUAAAAUAAUGGAUUGCUGAACUAAUCUGUAGCUGCAGAUUUCCUAAACACUGCAGAGAAGGGCUGGGCGGAUGGAUACACUGCCAAAACAUAGUCCCCAGUGUUUAAGUUGACGAUUAAAUGUAGAGCGUGUUGUUUUAACAUUUCUAUUGGUCAUUAUGUGGUGUGUUCAGUGGCUGAAUGUCUUGCUUUGCUGCAAGCUGAUCACUUCUGCUUGUUGGAGUUGCUCUUUUAUUCCUAACAACAUUGACUCCACUAUUAGAAUCAACACUUUUUGUACGAUGAACAAACAUUUUCUUCAAAGGUUUACAGCAACACAAUGCAGCUCUCCUAACAGUGAAGCGUUUAUUGUGAACUUGUGAAUACACUUCUAUUCAGUGUCCAUCUUUUCAUCUAUAGUUUAAUAGUCAUAACAGAGUGCAUGUACAUGUGAAUAAUAAUGCUAAGACAGGCAAAUUCAUAUGUCGCUUUCACAAGCAUUUGUUUACUUUUUUGUAAUAUAGAGCAACUUUGGUACUUACAGUGGUUUUUGAGCUCUGCCCUGUGCUGAAACACAUGUUCGGGUCAUUGUGGGGAAACUCCACUAAAAGUUUUGUAUUUGGAGUUAAGUGGUGUAAUAUAAAGCUAUAGUAAAAUAGAGAAUAAAGCUUAGAUUUUGGAUACAUACAUUUAUCAAUAGUUUGACUCUGUGUCUUUGUAGAGAUAUGGCCCUACAAUAUAUCGUUCAAAUAUAGCAUAAUAGGAGACUUUUAGAGCAUAUUGAAUUAUCAAGCAUAAUUAACCUAUAUUUGAUUGAUUUUACUAACUUAUAACUUAUCUUAUGAGACGACUCACCUCACCGCUAGUGACGGGCCCAUCUUUCGUAUAUAUUUCUGUAUGUGGCCCCUCGGUUAAAAAAAGUUUGAACACCCCUGGUCUAAGCUUAUCAGGCGAUGUGUAUUUGUGUAAUGAGGAAGGGUGUGGCCUAAGGAGAUCAACACCCAAAUUUAUUGAACUGACUUUUGAAAAGUCAAACAUUAUUAAAAGUCUUUCAGAGGGAGGCAGCACUUUUGAAAUUGCUAAGAUAUUCAGAAUCAGAAUCAGAAAUUCUUUAUUAGUUCCAAAGCAGGGACAUUUACAUUUGUUACAGCAAAGGUGGCAGAGCAGGUAAAAAGCUCCACAGUCCGUAUGUGUGGGGAUCUACCAGGGGCCGUGCUGGUUGUAAAGUCUGACAACUGGCUCUGAUCAUUGGGACAUGAUCACAGAACCUUCAAACGUGUUGUUGCAAAUAGUCAACAGGGUGGCAAUAAACGUUUUGAGAAAAAAACAUUAAAAUUAAGCGCCAAAGAUCUGAGAAGAAUCAAACGUGAAGCUACCAGGAAGCCAUUAUCCUCCAGUGCUGUCAUAUUCCAGAACUGCGACCUACCUGCAGGUCCCAGAAGGACGAGGUGUUCAGAGCUCAGAGACAGGGCCAAGGUAAAGGAGGCUGAAACUGGACAACCACUGAACAAGACACAUCAAGACUGGGCCAAGAAAUAUCUGAAGACAGAUUUUCAAAGGUUUCAUGGACUGAUUAGAUGAGGGACUCUUGACCGACCAGAUGGAGGAGCCCGGGGCUGGAGCGGUAACGGGCACAUACAG